GGGAGGGGGUGGGGCGCUCUAAGGCGGAGUAGGAGCUUGUGGGUCCAUCCUGUGCCCGUCGUCUCCUUCCUUCCAUCCUUCGGUUCACCCAUCCAUCCGUCCUGGGCAGUGACGGUGUACUUCGGCUCGGCAGGGGAUCAGCAGCUCGCUAGUUAAAACUACCGACUGGAAGGGCUGCGGCGGGGAAUGGAAGCCGAGGACCUGAGCAGAGAGCCAUCCCAUAUGACAAAGAGUGGUACUUUUUAGAGAGGAAAAAAAUCACGACAACUUGCCAGUACAUUGAAAAGUCCAAAAACAUGAGCAAUGUAUGACCCCUUUGGACCUCUCACCUCCACAAAGGCAUAAUUUGGAGAUACUCUCUUGAGCAAAUUCAGGCAUUUUACCAAUUUCCAUUCCAUCCAAUGAUGGCUGCAACUCCCAACAUGGAAUUUAUGAAUGAACAACCAGCUCUGCCAGAAAUUCCAGCCCCAACCUUUGACCCAGAACCUGUUCAAGAAGAAAAGGGAAGAAAAAGAAGAACCAGAUCAUCAGAGCCAAAAAAGCCAGAGCCAAAAAAACCUGCCGCAUCCCCAAAAUCAGCCAAGGGGAAACAAGAAAAUCCAAGGGGAAAAUCCAAGGGGAAACAAGAAAAAAUUACAGAUACUUUCAAAGUGAAAAGGAAAGUAGAUCGUUUUAAUGGAGUCUCAGAAGCCGAACUUCUGACCAAGACCCUGCCUGAUAUUUUGACCUUCAACCUAGAUAUUGUAAUUAUUGGCAUAAACCCCGGACUAAUGGCAGCCUACAAAGGGCAUCAUUACCCAGGACCCGGAAACCAUUUUUGGAAAUGCCUCUUUAUGUCUGGGCUGAGUGAAGUCCAGUUAAAUCAUAUGGAUGACCAUACUUUGCCAGGAAAGUAUGGCAUUGGCUUUACAAAUAUGGUUGAAAGGACCACCCCAGGCAGCAAGGAUCUUUCAAGUAAAGAGUUUCGAGAAGGAGGUCGUAUUUUGGUGCAGAAAUUACAGAAGUACCAACCUCGAAUAGCAGUUUUCAAUGGAAAAUGUAUUUAUGAAAUUUUUAGUAAAGAAGUUUUUGGAGUAAAAGUUAAGAAGUUGGAAUUUGGACUUCAGCCCCAUAAGGUCCCAGAUACUGAAACUCUCUGCUAUGUCAUGCCGUCAUCCAGUGCCAGGUGUGCUCAGUUCCCACGGGCCCAAGAUAAAGUGCAUUAUUAUAUCAAGCUGAGAGAUUUGAGAGAUCAGCUGAAAGGUGUCGUACCAAAUACAGAUGUGCAGGAGGUGCAGUAUACAUUUAAUCUGCAACUUGCCCAAGAGGAUGCAAGGAAGAUGGCUGUUAAGGAAGAAAAGUACGAUCCUGGCUAUGAGGCAGCCUAUGGAGGUGCUUACUGUGAAAAGGCGUGUGAUGUUGAGCCAUGUGCCUUCUCUUUAGAUGGAACAGGAACAAAUAAUGCAGUCUUAAGCGGAGAACCAACUUUUGGGGACAUUGCAAGUGAUCAGUGGAUGACGCAGUCAUUCACAGACCAGAUUCUGCCUUCAUUCAGUCCCUUUGGGACACCAGAGCAAGAGGGUGGCUGUGUGUGAAAACAGCCUUCAGAAGCUCAUCCUAAAUGCUGCAGUUUUAAUGCAGCUGUCCAAAAGAAGAGUGCCUCAGUUCACCAGCUGAAGCAUUUUAAGUGGAUUUUACUCCUUUCAUUAUUUUCUGAUAACCCCAAACUGUUGUGUGGUAGGAUUAACUUGAGCUAGCUAGAUAGUGUAAAGCAAAUGUAGAUCCUUUUGUAUGUGAGUUUUUAUAUUUAACUUAUACCAUUAUUACAGUUUUUGACAAACUGUAGUCUCAUUUUGGAAGAAAUGAUUUCUUUUGGGAGUUGCUUGUAGUUCGUUGUU